GACGAAGGACGUGUGUUGGACGAAAGCUCCUCACUUUAAGCGCGUCGCGUAAAUAACUUCGAUAACUCUUGCAAAUGUGUAACUGCUAUAUGAAAUUAGAAACUGUGAAACUAUUCAAACUUUCCGUAAAUAUUUAAAAAUUCGUGUAGUUUAACAAAACUGGAGUGACAUUAAGAGUGAUUUAGUUACAACAAUAGAUUCGAUUAGAGUGAGUUAUAUUGUUUGGACUUCUCGCUUCCGACAAUCACUAAAAUCGGAGCAAAUUGCCUUCAAAGCACGUCGAAUUUUGAACGCAUUCGAAUUGGUUUGAAAUAGCACGUGGUUACUUCCGUUGAUAGCUGUGGUCCUUGCCGAACAUCGAAAGUCAAGCAUGAAACAAUAAUGAAGCUGGCGUACUGAUAGUAAUACUUCCUGAGCAGCUGCGAGCCGAUAGCCGCUAUGUCUUAUCAGCAACUCUUGCCGGAGAAGUUCCACGCUUAUCAGUUGUGGAUGAAACCCGCGCGCGUCCCGACCUAACAACCAACAUGAUAUAUUUGAGGAACGAUGAGUGAUCCGUUAAAAUGGGCGAUUUGUUCCCGAGUAUCCCUAAAAGUACCUUGGCUAGUGAGGAAGAUGGACAUAGCUGGAGUGUUCUUGGUUUGGAUGAGUACAGUACGGACGACGAAUUGGCAGCUGUGGAGCUCUUCAAGGACUACCCUGAAAGCCUGUUAAGAUUUGCAUCCAUCUGUUGCGUGUUAUUCAUGCUCGUCGGAAUUCCUGGGAACUUUAUCACGAUCAUCGCGUUGGCACGAUGUAAAAAGGUGCGCAAUGCGACAGCGGUGUUCAUAAUGAACUUGUCAUGUUCCGACCUACUGUUCUGCUGUUUCAACCUGCCAUUGGCAGCGUCGACGUUCUGGCAGAGGUCGUGGGCACAUGGGCGAAUAUUAUGUCGUAUGUUUCCCCUCGCCAGAUACGCUCUGGUGGCUGUCUCGCUCUUUACAGUCCUGGCAAUAACAAUCAACAGAUAUGUUAUGAUCUCUCAUCCAAGACUCUAUCCAAAAUUGUACAGAAAACAAUAUUUAGCGGUAAUGGUAGCUGGAACCUGGUUGUUUUCAUUCGGAGCUCUCAUUGCAACAUGGCUUGAGAAAUGGGGUCGGUUUGGACUAGACCCGUCAAUUGGAUCUUGCACCAUUUUGCCUGACCAAAACCAUCGUUCGCCGAAAGAAUUUCUUUUUGUUGGUGCAUUUAUGUUACCAUGCUUAGCAAUUAUCAUCUGUUACGCCAGAAUCUUUUGUAUUGUGAGAGAGGCAGCUAAAAGAUCGCGAGCCCCUUGCAGAACAAGACCACGACCAGGCCUAGAAGAUUCCGCAGUAGGCUCAGCUUCGACAGCUCUAGAACGGUCGCCUGGUCCAGAAAAUGGUGUAAACCAUAGCAGUGCGCCAAGAAAAGCCCUUCUAGCUCCUCCUGUGACUCAUUACCCACCAACUCCAGCACCUGAAAGAUCUUCAUCUUCUGGAGUGGAUACUCUUGACGGUCACGAUGAUGAAUGCGCCCUUGACGGGAAACCUCGUACUCCCAGCGGAGGGGAAACAGCAAAAAGACUACGACAAGCAGCGGUAGUUUUGAGGCGUUCUCCAGCCCCUUCGCGAGCACCCAGACUAACACCGAAAGACAGGAAAUUAUUAAAAAUGAUUAUGGCUAUAAUGCUAUCAUUUUGGGUCUGCUAUCUGCCGAUUACACUUACGAAAAUAUUCCGUGAAUUCACAUCACACCCCGCAGCAAACAUAGCGGGCUAUAUCUUGAUAUAUUUGACGACGUGCAUCAAUCCAAUAAUAUAUGUGGUGAUGUCGAGCGAGUACCGGCAGGCUUAUAAGAACCUGUUGAUGUGUCGGCGAAGAGCGUGACAAUCGCCUGGCGAUGGCGUCUCUGAGAAACGCCCGCCAUAACUCCUGAAUCUCUCACAAAUUCCGUGUGUUAUUAUUACAAUAUGUAAUCUCACUUACCAAACUUGCAUGUUUACAUAGUAAACAAGUAAAAUGUUUGCUGUAGUAUUUAAGUGUGUGAAUGUUGUCUUUCCGAGUUAAUUUGUUUUGCGAGCCGUCCGUGAUUGUGCUGAACUCUAAAUGUUUAUUACAAAUUAAUAUAGAGACACAAUGAUAGCAGACGAAUUGUAUUGUAAUUUAUGCGUCAUAAUUUAUUCAGAUAACUUAAUGAGAUAAGAAUUAAUAUAACAAUAAACUAUGUAUAAAUUAUAACAAUUACUGCAAACAAAAUACCUAUGCUUAGAAGCAUUUUGUCUAUUAUUGUUGUUAAAUUUUAUACAUUCCUUUAAUUUUAUAAAA